GGCGAUGUCGGCCGAGGUGAAAGGAGAAAAGUUGAAAGAAGAUUUUGAUGAUCUACUAACUUGUACAAUCUGUUUGGAGAUUUUCAAAGAACCUAAGUAUCUGCCGUGUCUGCAUACGUUUUGUAAAUCGUGUAUUAAUACAUACAUUGUUUCAACUGUGAAAGACAAUAACCCAAGUGGAUUCAAAUGUCCCAUAUGUCGUCGAUCUGUGCCAAUUGAUGAAAAUGAUGAGAAGCCAGACAUUUGGGCAAAUAAUUUACCCGGGAACCAUUUGAUUUUAUCGCUUAUAAAUAAAAGGGAAUUACAGAAACCCGAUAAGCUGUGUGAUACGUGUGAACAGGACAAACAGAAAGCUUUGUCCUUCUGUACUGUUUGUCAAGAGGCAUACUGUGAAACGUGCAGAAAGGCCCACAAAAUUUUCAAAAUGUCGAGGAGUCAUAAGAUAAUACCAAUCAAAGAUAUCAAUGCAGAAACUUCAACUUCUAGUCUACAUGCGCAUCUUACAUGUAAAGAACAUCCCGACAAGACAAUAGAAGUAUACUGUCAGGACCAUUCAAAGCCUUGUUGUACAGUUUGCGCCACGGUCCAUCACAGAACAUGUGAACAGGUUGUCACUAUUGAUAAAGCGUUCUACAAGAAAUCAUAA